UCGUCUCCUCCCGGUUUCCCUGGCAUGACCUUUUCCCUUGGCAACCACUUCCUCUGAGCAUCAACGGCCAUCUUUAAUUGUAACUCAUUCAUGAAAAAGUUGUUAUCGAGCGUCUAAAAAAGAGCAAGCAGACCCGUUUGCGCGCGAAGCGGCGUCGACGGCGCUUUUUUGCGUGCAGUUCGCUGCGACUUGCACAAAGCAGAAGCAGAAGCAGAAGCUGAAGCAAGCCAAGCAGCACCGCGGAAGACUGUCCGCAGAGAAUAAGUAAACACCGAGAGCGUACGUUCGUGUUCCUCAUUGUGUUAUGUGGUCUAUCACGCUGUCUCUGCUUCAUUCAUUCAGCCUGGUGUCUGAGAAACAGACUCAUGUAUAAAGUAUUGGCGUGAAUAUGUGGAUGCUGACAUGUUGUGUGUCGAAGUGAAGUAAGAGUACUGAAACAGCAGGUGGAGCGACGGCGCGUUUAAAUAAUCUUUGUUAGAAGGACACCGUAUAAUGAUCUCUGCCAUGUUUUUAAUGCAAAUAUCAAAGGGAUGAGAAAGAAGCAGACUGCCAAACAGAGGAAGACUGAGGAGACUACAGAAGUCCAAGAGUUUGUGGUGGAGAAAAUAAUUCGGCGGAGAAUCUUUAAUGGCAGAGUGGAGUACUUCCUGAAGUGGAAAGGCUUCACCGAUGCAGAAAACACGUGGGAGCCUGAGGACAACUUGGACUGUCCCGGGCUCAUUGAGGAGUUUCUGAGAGACGCUCAUCUAUCCAGGGAGGUUGAAGAGGAGCAAAGUGAGGAGGAGUUCAUUCCCAAAGAAGAAAUGGCAAAGCAGGAGACGGAAAUCUCCCAUGUGACGCCUCAGGAGCAGAAUAGCAGCGUUCUAAAGCCAGAUGAUGAAUCCGACGCCCCCACAGACCUCAGCACUUACCUCGAACCUGAAUGCAUCAUCGGCUCCACAGACCGAAAGGGAGAGCUCAUGUUCUUAGUCAAAUGGAAGAACUCCGACGAGGUCGCCCUGAUGUCGGCUCGCGAAGCAAGUGCCAGAUGUCCCCAGGUGGUCAUUGACUUCUACGAGCAGAAGCUGACCUGGCACUGUGGAGAGGGCGAGCAGUAAAUAUAUAUAUAAAAAAAUAAUAAUAAAACGUGUGCUGAGGACUGUGGGUAAGCAGCUGCACUUCCACCUAAAGAUUAGUUUCUCCUCCAUCGAGUGUCCUAAAGGCACGCGGCAUGAAAUCGCGUCCCGCUGCAGGUGGAGUUUCCCACUCUGGCAGCUGUGAGAUUGUCAGCGGGGGAUGAGGGUUUAAAGCACUGCCAGCUCUUCGGUGCUCAGUGAGGCUACUUUACCUCCGAGGACACCAAAAUGGAGACUAAAGCUAACUUUAGUUCAGAACAGCUGAUUUUUAUUUUAAUUUUGACUAACCUAUUGCUGCAUUCCUUUUCUGUGAUUAUGUAGCAGACUCGGUCACUGUGGUUGGGCUUUGUUUUUAGAUACCGUUUGGUUUUUUUCUUCUGUAUUAAAGCAGUAGGUACCUUGAAGUUUAAUGUUAGCGGAGUGAGCUAACUGCAGUUCAGUGCACAUUUACCACAUGUGGUUUCUUUUUUUUUGGGGGGGGGAGGUCUAAUAUGUGUGGUGUGAAUUAACAAAAAGAAGUAAUUUUGUUUGUGUGACUCUUAAGUUUAUUUUAAUAUGUUUAAACAAAUGUUUUGUAUUUUCCGAUUCAGCAAUCUAUGUUCCAGGCUAUAUUCUCUCGAUUUGGUUCAAAUUUUACGAGACUCUUUGCCAGUCGAUCCGAAGUGCGCAGCAACAUGUGGGAGAGGGGCAGCAGUGGAAAAAAACUACUGCGAUGUACAGUUACGCUUAUUUGGUUCUUUCAUCUAAAGUGACGUCCUGGUAGAAUUAAGUUUCUGAAUAAGUCGAGUUUGAUUCCUUUUGAUAUUUACCUUGUGAGCACCCGUUAUUACAUGUAGCACUUUAGUUAAGAGACUGUACAUUUACAGAGCUGAGUCACUGCUGGAAUGACUCAGCUGUUUGUAGUAGAUAACUGUUCUGAUGGCACUGAUGUGACUUUACAUAUCUCCCAUGACUGUUAUGGGACACCCAGCUGAACCUUAAACACACCUUCUGCUGUAACUGUUGACCUUAAUCUGUGAAGUCUGCAAAUAAACAAAACUUUUUAUUA